AUGUUCUCAGUUAUAUUCCAACACAGCGUUAAGUCCGUCAGAAGAGCACCAGUUUUCGGCGUACUUUGCAGAAAAAUGUCUGCACUAUUAGAUGCUAUACCGAAAGUGGAAAUAGAGGCCAGUGGAGUUUUUAAAUACAUAUUGAUAAAUGUCCAUGAUAAGACACAACCUAAUGUGGAGCCUGUUACUAUAGUCAGAGGUAUUCAGCUUUCCUAUCAUUCGGAUAUUUAUGAUGUGGUCCAAGAGAAACUGCAUCCGCUAGACUGUGAGCCAAUUGGUGGAGGAAGAAUAUCCCAUGAUGCCCAAGAUAAAAAAAUCUUUAUCUAUGGCUACUCUCAAAGCUAUGGAAGGGCUGACCACGAACUUACUGCCAAGUUAAUAAAGAAAACAUAUCCAGACUAUACAAUCAGUGUCACUGACGAUGAAUACUAA